AUGCUGCGUGCCACUGCUCGCCGAAUUCCCUCUCUCUGCCUCCCCGUUAUUCGGGGUUUUGCGAAGGAUGUUAAGUUUGGAGCAGACGCUCGUGCUGCCAUGCUUAUUGGUGUCGACAUCCUGGCUGAUGCAGUCGCUACAACCAUGGGGCCAAAGGGCAGAAACGUGAUUUUGGAGAGCACUUGGCGUUCUCCUAAAAUCACAAAGGAUGGCGUCACUGUGGCUAAGGGAAUCGAAUUAAAGGAUAAGUUCCAGAAUAUUGGUGCAAAGUUAGUCCAGGACGUCGCAAAUAACACGAACGAAGAAGCAGGGGAUGGUACCACCACUGCCACCGUCCUAGCACGAGCAAUCGCGAAGGAGGGCUUCGAGAAAAUCAGUAAGGGCACCAACCCAAUCGAGUUCCGACGUGGAGUCAUGUUUGCUGUUGAUGCCGCUGUGAAACAUCUAAAAGAAGUUUCGAAGACUGUGACAACGCCCGAAGAAGUUUGUCAGGUUGCGACUAUUUCUGCCAACGGCGAAAAGACUAUUGGCGAGCUUAUUUCCACUGCGAUGAAGAAGGUCGGGAACGAUGGGACCAUCACGGUUAAGGAUGGCAAAACUCUACAUGACGAAGUUGAAUUCAUUGAAGGAAUGAAGUUCGACCGCGGUUACAUAUCUCCUUACUUUAUCAAUACCGAAAAAGGUGCUCGUUGCGAAUACCAGGACGCGUACAUCCUCUUCAGCGAAAAAAAAAUAAAUAACAUCCAGGCACUAAUUCCUGUCUUGGAAUUGGUUCAUCAACAAAAGCGCCCUUUGGUAAUCAUCGCUGAGGAUGUGGAAGGUGAAGCCCUUACUGCUCUCGUACUGAACCGUUUGAAGCUUGGUCUACAGGUUUGUGCCGUCAAAUCACCAGGCUUUGGCGAAAACCGCAAGAACACUCUCCGCGAUAUGGCCAUUGCCACUGGUGGAGUCGUGUUCGGAGACGAGGCUGACAUGUUCAAAUUGGAGGAAGCCCAGCUACACGAUCUCGGCCGGGUAGCAGAAGUAGUUGUAACAAAAGACGAUUGCCUCCUUAUGCGGGGUAACGGGAAGAAAGAGGACAUCGAACGACGAGUAUCUCAGCUCAGAGACGAGAUAAAGGCAACUACGAGCGAUUAUGAAAAGGAAAAGAUGCAGGAAAGACUGGCAAAGAUGUCAAACGGUGUUGCGGUCAUCAAAGUUGGCGGAAGUAGCGAGGUUGAAGUAUCGGAAAAGAAGGAUCGCUAUACUGAUGCGUUGAACUCUACUCGUGCUGCAGUCGAAGAAGGUAUCGUACCUGGAGGUGGAACGGCUCUACUAAGGUGCAUUCCUGUCCUUCAACAACUUGAAACAAAGAACAAAGACCAGAAAAUCGGUGUCGACAUCGUCAUUAAAGCCCUGAUGACUCCAGCUUAUACCAUCGCCUCUAAUGCAGGCGUUAACGGCUCGCUUGUUGUCGAGAAGGUGAUGUCCUUACCCUUCGCGGAGGGCUAUGACGCCUCGAAUGACAAGUACUGUGACCUCAUUGCUUCUGGCAUUAUCGACCCUACAAAAGUUGUCAGGUCGGCUCUCGUUGCCGCUGCUGGCGUUGCGUCUCUUCUGACUACCGCCGAGGCUGUUGUUACCGAGCUGCCUAAGGAAGAAUCACAGGCUGCUCCUGGUAUGGGCGGCAUGGGAGGUAUGGGCGGAAUGGGCGGCGGCAUGGGAAUGAUGUAA